AUGCCGGACGACGCCUACCUCCUCUGCGCCGAGGACGCCGCAGCCGCCUUCGUCUUCGACGCCGCCGGCAGCACCUUGUGCGCCGCCGCCGGAGACGGCGGCGGCGGCGACGACGACGAUGACGGGUGCUGCUCCACGGUCGAGGAGGAGUCGGCGGCCUCGAUAGCUGAGCUCAUCGGCGGCGAGGCCCAGUACUCGCCGAGGCCGGACUACCCCGACAGGCUCCGGUCCAGGUCCAUCGACCCGGCCGUCAGGGCCGAGUCGGUUGCAUGGAUUCUCAAGGUGCAAGAGUACUAUGGAUUUGUUCCAUUGACAGCCUACCUCGCCGUCAACUACAUGGACCGGUUCCUCUCCCUCCACCGUUUGCCGCAGGAGGACGGGUGGGCGAUGCAGCUGCUGGCCGUGACCUGCCUCUCCCUGGCUGCCAAGAUGGAGGAGACCCUCGUGCCCUCCCUCCUGGACCUACAGGUGGAGGGCACCAGCAGAUACGACUUCGACCCCGGGACGGUCGGCCGGAUGGAGCUCAUCGUCCUGACGGCGCUCAACUGGCGGCUCCGAUCGGUUACUCCCUUCACCUUCAUCGACUUCUUCGCGUGCAAGGUCGAUCCGGGAGGGAGGCACACCAGGUGCCUUAUUGCCCGGGCCACGCAAGUGAUUCUGGCUGCAAUGCAUGACAUCGAGUUCUUGGACCACUGCCCGUCAUCAAUGGCGGCAGCGGCCGUGCUCUGUGCCACCGGUGAGACGCCGUCGCUGGAGUCCGUCAGCCCUGGGGCUGCCGUCAGCUGGUGCAUCGGCCUUGCAGAGGAAGGGAUCAGCCGCUGUUACAGACUGAUGCGGCAGCUGGUGACAGGCAACGUCCAGACAAGGGUAGCCAGCACGACCAUGGCAGCAGUGAACCUGUGCUGCUCGGAUGAGGUGCUGUCCUCGCACUCCUCCACCUCCACCUCCACCUCCACCUCCACCUCCUCGCCUCCCCCGGCCAAGAGGAGGAAGAGGCCGCCGACGACGGCCACGUGA